AUUAAAUGGUUUGAAAAUCCAAAUCCAAACACUAGCUAACAAAUGGGUGUAGAAUCUCAAUAAAAAUUCACCUUUAUAUGCUGCAUAUAGUCAAGAUUCCUGAUAUAGAUUAGAUUGAUGCACCAUUCCAUUAUUCAUACACGCUAUCCUACUGCAUGAAGGACAUUUAUCCCAAUUUUAUAUUCUUCAUUCUUUAUACUUUUUAAUAUUUUGGUGCUACAAAUACACAUUGAUAGACACUUCAACUAUGUGACCAAUAACAACAUCAAUUUUAAGCUUUCAUAAAAUCAUCAACAUAAUGGCAAACUUCAUCACAAUGUAUCACAAUCCUCCCAUUGAUCAUUUUCGUGCCGUAAAGUUAUCAAUUCAGGACCGUGUCGAAGUUCAACCUGAAUUUGUAGAAAAAUACAAAGAUGAUCUCCAAGACCCAUGGAAUAUUAUGAAUAUGGAUGGUGGAAUGCACCAAAUCAAAUUCAAAAUAGGCUUGUAUAACCCUACUUUGAAGGAUGGAUGGGAACCACUCCAACAAUAUCAUCAUUUUCCAGACAAUGUUGACAUUAUUUUUGGAUACUACGGAAAUAAUCUUUUUAAAGUUAUAAUGUUCAGGGAAGUAUUUUGCGCUACUAAAAUACCUUCUUUUCAUAGUCGUAGCAUGUAUCCAGAGGAAGUCAUUAUAUUUGAUAUACACAUUUCUGAUAAUGAUUUAAACACUCCAAUCAAGAUGUUGCCCAAUCAUUUUGGGACCUUUCUUCAGAACGACUUUCGCAGUCUUCUAACUUUGUGUUGUGAUGAUGGAACAUUUUACUUUGUAGACAUUAUUCACUACGGUGAUUACGUCGACGACCCUAAUAGUGGAAUUCAAUGGAAUGAUUUCAUACUUAGCAAUUACAUUGUUGCAGGACAGAAACUUCGAUUUAAAUUCGAUCUUACUACUACCUAUAUGUGUCAUGUAUUUCCUAUUGAUGUUUAGUUUUAGCAGGAUGUAACAUAAAUAAUUGACUCCUAUGUUCAAAUUAUUCUAUGUAUCCUAUAAUUACCAUGUUUUCAUACCCGAAGCCUCUACCCAAUGAA